CCGUGGAAUACAUGUGUGUUCUUGAGUAGGCCACUAGUUAUAAUCCACGUGGCAAGCAUUUUAUCACAAACCCAGAGCUACAAAAACAAAACCAAGAAGACGAGAAGGAUCUUUAACAGAGAAAAAAGAGCUUUAGACCAAAUCACCAGAAACAAAACAAAAAUGUAUUUCGCCGCCAUAGCUUCUUCACGACAAAGCUUUUUGUCAAACAAUUUCAGUUUCCAACACAGUUUUAAACCCAAAUCCAAUGUUAACCUCACUCGUCCUAAUUCAAUCUGUUGUAAAUCUUCACACCACGACGACGAAACUGAUUCUUCUCGGAAAAAUGAAAAUCAGCUGGCGAAGUUGGCAAUCGCGACGCUAGCGGUUGGCGUUUUGGCUUUGGGAAGUGUUGGGGAUGCGUUUGCGGCCAAAAGCGGUGGAAGAAUCGGCGGUCAAGCGUUUCGGUCUUCAGCUCCUCGUCCUCCUCCCAGAAUUAACAAUCGAUCAAGGACCAACAUCUACGUGAAUCCUCAGGUUGCACCACCUUUGAUCGGUGGCUAUGGAUAUGGUUACGGAGGUUACGGAUGGUCACCGUUUUCCUUUUUUGCCCCUGGUCCUGCGGUGGCAGUAGGUGUUGGCGGUGGCUUUGACCUCCUACUUCUCUUCAUGUUUUUUGGAGCCGCUUCAGCCGUCGCUAGAAACUUUUUCCGAUCAAGAAAUGAUGAAGAUGACGAAGACGACUAUUAGAGGAGAAAACGGAGAGAGGCUUAUGUAACAAUAGUCAUACAUACGAUUUUGUGUAAAAAAAUAUGAUGGAAGAAGACGGAUAUAUGUGGAAAUCUUGAAAUAAGUAACUAAAGACCCAUCUUAAAGUUAAUAGAGGCAAUUUGAAAACACCUCCAAAUACUAAAUUUAUAUACAAAUUUUCUCUGUUUUUCCUUCAUUCUUUAUAUUUUAGGUUCUAGUGUAUGACCUCAUUGGUCUCCGAAAGCAAGUGAAAAUAAAUUCUUUAAGCAAC